CCGCAGCCCUUCGAGUCUGCCGGCCACCCUCAGCCAAGGGGCCCCAUCUCCGUUCCCCACCCUAUCGCCCAAUCUAAUCUGCAGUCUUGCCAUCCCCAGAUCGCAGCGCAGAUCCUGGGGGACCAGCGGUGACGAGGUCUCGCAGCUCCAGCGCUUCCCCACUUCAGCACCCUCGACCCCGUACGACGCCCCAAACCCGGGGCAGCCCGGAGUCUAGCCCAGGAGUGGCGGACGACCCCGCGGUUCCUCCUCCUGAGGGCAGCACGGAGGACCCCAACGACCACACCCCGGAUUCCCCUGGACCCUGGCUGGUGCCGAGCGAGGAACGGCUCUCGCGAGCCCUAGGGGUCCCAGGGGCCGCGCAGCUAGCCCUGGAGAUGGCAGCCGGAAGGCGGAGGCACUGAGCGUGUAGCAGACGGGUCACCUGGUACUGCCCAACCUGGAUCUGGCGUGCUCCGCCCGCCGCUCACUAGCAUCAUGGGGAGAGCUUCCUUGGUCUUCUCCCCCCUCCUGCUUCACAGUCGACCAGCCCGCGCUCCCCUCGAGGCGUCAGUGGUACGGCCCUCCCGGACCGGCCAGUCCUGCGCUUCUUGCUUCGGGCAGGGGAGACGGCGGGCAAGACGGCUGGGUGUGCACCAUCCUCGAACCCACGAGCAAGCGAGCAGAUCCUCCGCGCCUCUCGGGACUCCGGUCCACGCCAUGGCGGAUUCCGAGCGCCUCUCGGCCCCCGGCUGCUGGGCCGCCUGCACCAACUUCUCACGCACCCGAAAGGGAAUUCUCCUGUUUGCUGAGAUUAUAUUGUGCCUGGUGAUUCUGAUCUGCUUCGGUGCCUCGACAUCAGGAUACUCCUUCUUGUCGGUGAUAGAGAUGAUCUUUGCUGCUAUCUUCUUUGUCGUCUACAUGUGUGACCUGCACACCAAGAUACAGAUCAUCAACUGGCCUUGGAGUGAUUUCUUCCGAACCCUCGUAGCGGUCAUCCUCUACCUGAUCACCUCCAUUGUUGUGCUUGUUGAGAGAGGAAACCACUCCAAAAUCGUUGCAGGGGUGCUGGGCCUAAUCGCUGCAUGCCUCUUUGGCUAUGAUGCCUACAUUACCUUCCCCUUGCGGCAGCAAAGACAUACAGCAGCCCCUACUGACCCUGCAGAUGGCCCGGUGUAGGUGAACUCCCUUCAUUUCUAUCAGCAACCUGCAAAUAACACCUCCAUCGAAAUAACUCCUCCCCGCCCCUACUACAACACUCCCAGUCAACUCCCAGCCCCCUACUGAGGUAAAAGUGCCUUUAUCGCGAGAAUUUGUCUUCCAGGCUGCUAAUCAACUCCUCUGGGUAUGGCCACCUUUAUGGGUGUGCCUAGGUUCCCCUUCCUUCUGCAGUAUCCAAACGGAGACACCAGUUCUGCCUGGACAAUGCCCCCACCUAAGCCACAAAAUGACGGAAGAGGGUGCCUCAGAUUUCAGACUCCAGGCCCCAGGUUGUAACCCACUCCUAAUAACCUUCUCAGUGUGCAUGUGUGUGUGGGAGGAGAGGGGUUCUGUGGAGGAAUAAAUAAAUAAUAAGCAGAUUAUUAGAAUA